AGGUGGUGGAGGAGGACAAAGUGGUGGUGGAGGUCAAAGAGGAGGUGGUGGUGGAGGUCAAAGAGGAGGAUAAAGUAAGCGCAGAGAAACAGGUGGAGGCAGCUGAAGAGGACACACAGGAGGAGGAGAAUGGUGAAGAGCAAAGUGAGGAGCCGGUGCAGGAGGUGAGCUGGGAUGAGAAAGGGAUGACGUGGGAGGUGUACGGGGCCGUGGUGGAGGUGGCUGUGCUGGGAUCAGCCAUCCAGAAACACCUGGAGAAACAGGUGAAGAAGCAGAAGCCCUCCAUGCCUCCCCCUCCUCCGCUCAACCCCUCAGCAGUGCCCCUCUCUCCAGAGUCCAUCCGGGGGGGUUCUGGGUCUGGCUCGGGUUCGGGGUCAGGUUCUGGUUCGGGUAAGGGUCGGGCGGGGAAGAGGGGAGAGCAGGGUGGAGGGGUGAGCCGACGCAGAAGAAAUCCCUUCCGCCUGCUGAUGGAGAACAUGCAGCAGCCACACUGCUGCUCCAGAGCUCACACUGCUGAGUGACACGGGACCCUGAGGAGAAAACAACAGCUGUUCGGAGGGAGACAACAACCUGUGCUGAAAAUAAAGCACGAUGCACAGUAUGCGUCUGUGAUACACUGAUUUCCAUCAACGUGACAUUGUCUUGAGAGUGUGACAAGCAAAUCAACUCCUGCACGAGACAAAGAAGCACAAAAGCAUUUAAGACUUCUACCACGGGGCUCUGAGGAUCCGCCAGUUCCUUUUUUUGUUCGGAGUUUCCAUGUUGGGAGAAAUGAGGAUGACCUAUUUUCCUCCUUUAUUGUUUUUCCCCCAGAUCAUUCAAUUGUCCACUGAGCCAUUUGCUUUUUUUUGUUGUGCCCCUCAGACAAUAUGAAGCCAUGGCAAUGCCUCUCUGCUUACAAGCCUAACACAGCUCUGAUGGAGAUACAGGACAGAAGACAGACACUGACAGUUUCUCAUUGUUAUUUGUGGUCAGUAGCCACAGCCUGAGGGCCAUUUUGCAGCCAUCUUUUUUUCGAAUGUAUGGAAGUUGAAAAACAAUCUCAUUAUUGCCUCGAUGUGUGGGAGAGAGGCUUUUGCCCGUCUUUAAUCUGCUUUUAGAUUUGGCUUGCUGCUUUGACUUGUUUGUUUUGUGAAAACUAUAAAAAUGUACAAAUGCCGAGCACAAUCGACACCUGAUAUGAGGGUAUUUCUAAACAUUGCUACUUAAUGUAUUUGAACACCAUGUUUAGUGAUUCAGUUGUAAAUGAUGUGAUGAAACCUAUUUGAAAUGUGUUUUAAUCCCAGAGGUUGUUACAGUGUCAGUGAUGUUGAUGUUCAUAUGUUACAUUCAUAAAAGUCCACAUUUGGAGAAACUGAUUUUAUUCAGACUGCACUUUGCACUGCACGUGAUACAUUCAUUUAGAUGUCAGUAAACAGAAAUAUAUUUUCAAUCCGCUGCUUGUAGAAAGUCACACUGCAUGAGGUUUUAUUCCAGCAGCACGCUUCUUACACUCAAAGCAAACACUGAGACAUCGAACAGGCCUUAGGUCUGACCUAUGGCUGACGUGCAGUCAUAUUUCAUUUAUAAUCAUACAUUGAUUUUAUUUAUAGCAUCAGCUGCAACAAAAUGAACAUGGUGUAUGUUGACAUAACGUAUAAUACAGUUAUUUUCAAAGCAAUCCUAACGGUUUUUAAACUUUCGCUUAAUAUAUUAACACAAAUAAAGUGAUUCACAUGUGCAACAAG